GUGACAACCCAGAUAGAGAGUUCUGAACAAGCUUCAGUCUUACUAAACACGUUUAAGGAACAAUUGGAGCAACAACAACAAGAGAAAACGUCUGAGAUCAGUGCUCUGACUCUUGAAGUUCAAAGGUUACAACAGGAACUGCAAACCUCUGAGCUAAAAGAUGAAGUUUCUGAGCUCAGGAGUGAACUGGUCAAGGAAGAGGAGAAAAAUGAGCUUAAACAGACACAAAUCCAGGCGCUCGAGUGUCAGCUGGAGGAGAUGAAACAGUUGGUUUCUGAGCAGCAUCUGAGUCAAACAGAAGUUGAAGAGCUGAGAAAGAAGCUUCAGGUGCAGGAAAACACAUCACAGAAACAACUGGAUGAGCUGCAAGCACAUCUGGAGUCUCAACAAGAAGCUUCCAAACAGGAAGUAGAUGAGCUGAUGAGGACGCUUCAGGAGCAAACACAGGCUUCAGAGAAGCAGGUCGAGCAGCUAGAUGAGAAGCUGCAACAGCAAGAACUGCUUUCAAAGCAGCAGCUUGAAAACUUGGAACAAGAACUGAGUGAAGAAAAGGAAGCCUCCAGGAAACAGUUAGAAGAUCUCAAACAGAAGCUCAGAAACCAGGAGGAAGCUGCAGAAGAACUCAAGGCUGACUUAAAAGAAGCUCAGUGUAACAACAUGACCAUUUCCUCCACCUCCGAAGAUCUAAAGAGAUUAAACGCUGAUCUCCAGGCUGAAGUUUCAUCGAUAAUCAAAGAAAAGGAUGGGCAAAUGGAGAAGAAGCUAGCUGAGCUGGAGAAAGCCUCUUCACACAGAGAGGCAGAGCUUCAGAAGAAGCUGCAGGAAAUGGAAGGGCAGGUCACGUCUUUGCAGAAGAGUCUGCAGGAAGCAAAGGAACGACGGGAGGAGGAGGAGAGCCAAGCAGCGCAGGAGACCCGACGCAGAGAGGCCGAGCGGCGCCGGGAGCUGCUGGCUGUGGCGCAUGAGGCCAUCGAUCAGAAGGAUGCUGAGCUGGAGAAAAGAGCCCAGGAGAUCAGCAGACUGAAGGAGAAAUCCCAGCAGGACUCUGAGAAAAUAGAAAGCCUAAGUCGUGAGCUUCAUAGAAAAGACGAGGACUCCUCCGACCUCAGAGAGAAGCUAGCUGACUAUAAGAAGCAGAUCCAGCAGGUCCAGAAGGAGAUUUCGACCAUGAGAGAAGAGGAGAAGGUUUUGAGACAGAAGCUUACAGACAUGGAAAAAUCUAAGAAGCAGCUUCAGUCUGACAUUGCCACUAGAGACAGAACCAUCCAACAGCUUAAAGUGGAUCAAUCUAAUACAAAAUCUGACCAGACACUCGAGCUCUACCAGAAGGCGUGUAAAGACCUCAAAGCUAAGGAGAAUGUGAUGGAGUCUAUGCGUUUGGCUCUGACUGAGCAAGAGGACACGCAGGAGCAGAUGGAGCAGGUCCUUGAGGAGAAACUGACAGAGAUCCAGGAGCUCUCCAGUG